GAAAGACAGUCAGUGGUAAACCAUCAGAGUCUCAGCAUGAAAGUCUGUCACACUUUGAUCUGCUUCUUCUUCCUCUUCUCUCUGCAGGAUGGAAACACCGGUCUCGUCAGUGCCCAACUCUCUGUCUAUUCAGGAAUUGAAGGAGAAAAUGCCAGAGUUAAAUGCUCAUUUCCUUCUUAUAGAAACAGGAAGAUCUUCUGUAAGGAACCAUGUGAACAAGAAGACAUUCUCAUUGAAACAACCAAUGCCACAGCUCAGAGAGGCAGAUACAGGAUUGAUUAUAAAGAUGGAGUUUUUUCUGUCACCAUCACUCAGCUGACCAAGUCUGACUCAGGACGCUACAGGUGUGGUGCGGGAUCAUCUUUGAAACAGGCUUUAUACGAGGAAAUUGAGAUCAUCGUUGUUGAUGCAAUGCUGGAUGGUGGUCCUUCUGCAGAAAAAACAAUCGAUGCUAGAACUGGAGGAAAUAUUGUAGUUCAAUGUAACUUUACUCAAUAUAGAUACAAGAAGUACUUCUGCAAGGAAGAAUGUGAAGGAGGAGACAAUCUUGUUGAAACGAUUAGUAAAUCAGAUCAGGAAAAAGGCAGAUACAGGAUCAGAUAUACUCAAAUAAUUCCAACAGGAACUUUGUUGUAUGUGAGCAUCAAACAGCUGACCCAGUCUGACUCAGGAUGGUACAGGUGUGGUCUGGGCAGAACUUCCUCUAAAGAUCCAUACCAGAGGUUUAGGCUCAUCAUCACUGAUGCUCUGACCACUUCUCCUAAAACUACAGAGCAGCCUGAAACAACUAAAGAUGUGAUCCUGUAUGUGUCUCUGACUCUGGUCGUCCUGGUCAUCGUGUCAUCACUGUCUGUGCUGGUAUUCUGCAGGAAGAGGACUUGUAAAGCCAAAAGUGAGGAACCAGAACCUCAUGAGGAAACACAAUGUGCUUCUGCACCAGAGGCUGAAGACGACCCGAGUCAACACACCUACUCUGAGAUCAAAUUUGUCAGCGUCGGCUCGUCCCACAGCGGUUUCCACGGUGACGCUGAGUGUGUUAUCUACUCUGUUCCUCAGGUGGAAGCUAGCUCUGACGAGCCCGUUCUGUACUCUACUGUUAACAACCCCCAAUAACUCUCACAGUCUGGCAGAAGAAGCUGGUGUGAAUUAAGCAGCCGUGAACAUAUUCGGAAACAGAGAGAUGUUUGUGGGAAUAUGUACGAUUAUUUAACCAUUUACUUAUUUCAAACCUGCUUUGAAUGACCUCAUGUGAUGAUAAGUCCAGCUCUGCUCUAGUUCACAAAUGUGCGGCUUCAACAGUUUGCUUCAGGUCAAAGCUGGUUGCACUUAUAAAUUCCAUUUAUUAUUAUUCAGCUGACACACGUUUAUCCGUUUUAAAGUGAAACCAUACGUGAUACACAUGCAGGUGUUAGAGAGGAGAGUCAAGCUGUGAGUGUUGUAUUUUAAGCAGGGACUCCAUGGUUUAGAGAAGUGAAAACGUGUUGGUUUGCCGGUGAAAGAAAGAGAGACAGCGUUCAACCAUCAGAGACUCGAACAUGGACGUCUGCCUCAGUUUGAUCUUCUUCGUCCUCAGUGAGUACACUUUGUAGUUCUGUCAUUUCUCUAUAACGUCAUCUUCCUUUCUGUAUUUAAUGUUAAAGGGGACCUAUCAUGCAAAAUGCACUUUUGUACGUCUUUUAUACAUGAAUAUGUGUCCCCGGUG